AUGGAAACAAUGGUCCAGAAGAUGCUUGGAGAGGCUGCUCACCGAUUUCUUGGCAUCAAUCCGGAAACUGGAGCGAUCAUUGGCGCCAUAGCUGGCAAUUUAAUUUUUAAUAUGGGCGGACGUGGAAAUUCCUUAACAAGCAUUGGAAAAGUGAUUCUGGACAACAUUAUUAGUGGGAAGUAUAAACGAGAUGUGCAUCCGUUCGUACCACCGGUGCCGACGCCUGGUGCGACGACGUUCGGCUUGGACUUUUAUGCAGAACGGGAUCGCUGCUUAGCGAACAGGAUUCUUUUUGAGGAUCCGGAAUUUCCAGCUUCUGAUCGCAGUCUUUACUAUAAAACACCACCACAGCAGCAUGUCGAAUGGAAAAGACCCGGAGAGAUCGUCGACAGUCCACAGCUGAUCGUCGGCGAAAAGUCACGAUUUGAUGUGAAACAGGGAGCUUUGGGUGAUUGUUGGUUGCUAGCUGCAGUGGCCAAUUUGACUCUAAGAGAUGAGUUAUUCUAUCGGGUUGUUCCACCGGAUCAGAGCUUCACUGAAAAUUAUGCUGGUAUCUUCCAUUUUCAAUUCUGGAGAUAUGGACAGUGGAUCGAUGUCGUGAUCGACGACCGACUACCGACAGUCGAUGGACGACUUUACUACAUGCACUCGCAUGAGAAUAAUGAAUUUUGGAGUGCUUUGUUGGAAAAGGCAUAUGCUAAAUUAUACGGAUCUUAUGAGAAUCUCGAAGGCGGCACCACAGCCGAAGCACUUGAAGAUUUCACUGGUGGUCUCACAGAAUUCUAUGAUUUGCGCAAAACGGAUAAGUCAACAGUUCUUGCCAUGAUGAUCAGAGGAUUCCAAAUGGGAUCGCUGUUCGGCUGCAGUAUUGAAGCGGAUCCGAAUCAGAAAGAGGCACCGCUGGAUAACGGCCUUGUUCGAGGACAUGCAUACAGUAUCACUGCUCUUCACACUGUUGCCAGUCGGAAUGGAGAGAUUCCUAUUGUCCGAAUAAGAAAUCCGUGGGGAAACAGUAAGGAGUGGAAUGGUGCAUGGAGUGAUGGGUCGCCAGAGUGGGACGACGUAGACGAUCAAAAGCGCUCAGAGUUGGGUGUCGAUUUUGCAAAAGACGGAGAAUUUUGGAUGUCGUUCGACGAUUUCUAUUCCAAUUUUAUGCAAAUGGAGAUUUGCAAUCUCUCAGCAGCUGUGAUGAACGAGGUCUCAGAAAUGACUGGAGUGAGCGUCGCUGAACAUCAACAUCAUCAGUGGGAAGAGAGGUCAGAGGACGGUGAAUGGAGCACCAAAAGGGGAACUGCCGGUGGCUGCGCAAACAAUCCUGAUACUUAUGCCCAGAAUCCGCAAUAUGGUUCGUAUUUCGUUGUUACUGAGGAUUCUGUAGAGCAUGACGGAAAGUGCACAGUAAUUGUCGCUGUACUGCAAAAGUAUCGUCGUGAAAUGCGAACAAUCGGAAAAGACAGUCUGCCUAUAGGAUUUGCCGUGUACGAGGCAUGUCGCCCUUUGUCGUUUCAGCAUUCUUUCUGUUCUUUUCUGCUCAUUUUCGUUACAUUGCUACGAUUUCCUCUUUUCCUGGAGCUGCUCAUGGGAACAUUGCAAGGAGCGCUCGGCGCUGAUUUUCUACUCGGUCGCAAGCCGACGGCCCGCACUCGCGUGUUCAUCAACAUGAGAGAGGUGACAUGCCGUUUUCGAGUUCCAGCUGGUCACUACGUCAUUCUGCCAUGUACUUUUGAACCAAAUUCUGAUGGUGAAUUUCUUUUGCGUAUCUUCGUUAACGGAAGACUUCAGACCAGGUAUCAUUGUUAA